CGAAAAUUCCCAUCAGAAAUUCGAAAUUCCGAACGCCAUCUCUACAAAGAGUGACAUAAGGGGUGUCAUUUAAUAUUCCCGAAGGAAGAAACUGAAAAUUUUUUGUACAAAGAUAAUAUAAAAUGGCCUGCAGACUUUUAAGAAACCUUUCAAAAACGAAUGCAGUUGGGGUGAGAUUGUACAGCGGAGAGGUGAAAAAAUGCACGUUAAUUCCUGGAGAUGGUAUUGGCCCUGAAAUUUCAGCUGCUGUACAGAAAAUAUUUGAAUGUGCCAAAGUUCCUAUUGAAUGGGAGAGUGUGGACGUUACACCAGUUAGGGGGCCCGAUGGUAAAUUCGGCAUCCCCCAGGCCGCCAUCGACUCCGUGAACCGCAACAAAAUCGGCCUCAAAGGCCCCCUGAUGACCCCGGUCGGUAAAGGCCACAGAUCCCUCAACUUGGCCUUGAGAAAAGAGUUCAACCUGUACGCUAACGUCAGACCCUGCAAAAGCUUGGAAGGCUACAAAACCCUCUACGAUCACGUCGACGUAGUGACGAUCAGAGAGAACACCGAGGGCGAGUAUUCCGGUAUCGAGCACGAAAUCGUCGACGGUGUCGUGCAGAGCAUCAAGUUGAUCACCGAGGAUGCAUCCAUCAGAGUGGCCGAGUUCGCUUUCCAGUAUGCCAAGGAGAAUAACAGGCAUAAGGUGACAGCUGUACACAAGGCUAACAUCAUGAGAAUGUCGGACGGUCUCUUCCUGAGAUGUUGCAGGGACAUGGCGAAAAAAUACCCCGAGGUGAAGUUCGAAGAGAAAUACCUCGACACCGUGUGCCUCAACAUGGUCCAGGACCCUCUGCAGUACGACGUGCUCGUCAUGCCUAACCUUUACGGCGACAUCUUGUCGGACAUGUGCGCAGGACUUGUGGGAGGUCUCGGUCUCACCCCAUCCGGCAACAUCGGCCUCAACGGCGCUCUCUUCGAAUCGGUCCACGGGACCGCCCCCGACAUCGCCGGCAAGGACCUGGCCAACCCCACCGCGCUGCUACUGUCUGCCGUGAUGAUGUUGAGGUACAUGGGUCUAAACUCGCACGCCGACAAAAUCGCCGACGCAUGCUAUGCCACCAUCAGGGAGGCCAAGUUCCUCACAGGCGACUUGGGCGGCAAAGCCAAGUGCUCAGAGUUCACCAACGAGAUUUGCGAUAAAGUAAUGAAAUCGUAAGGUUUGAGGUUAUCUUAUUCAUGCUCGUCCGUUGUAUUUCAGUUAAAACACGAAUGAUUUAAAAUGACAGAUUGACAAUGUUGCGUCUAGACUUUUACUAUUGUAAAUACCUAGUGAAUUUUUACUUGUGCAUUUUAUUGUGUAAAUAAUAGUAAAAUAAGUUACCAAAAAAUCGCGAUUCCUCAGUAUUAAUUCCUCUGUUAUUAUUAUUUAUUUAAAUUAAACUUUUUGUGAUCUGCCAUUUUAGUCAAACAGGCUGGUCCAAUUUUAUUUAAAUGAGUUUAUCAUAUGUAAGUUUAUUUAUUUAUAUGUCCAUAUUUAAGCAGUUUAUAAGAAUGAGAUACCUACCUAGGAUAAUAAAAAGAAAAUACACAAUUGACUUUUAUUUUAGUUUUAAGGCGCAUAUGUAGACAUACACUAACCUUUAAUU